AUGGACGAGGAGAUUGAUAGCAGAUUUCAUUAUUCCAUUCAGAACCCAGAGAAUCGUGGUUCCAACCGAUCAUCCUACGGGAAUUAUGGUAAAACCGCCUUUUUGUCGUCCGGUUCUAAUGGUAACAAUAUGGGACGUGGUGUGUCUGUUAUGGACGUACUACAUUAUGGAAAUGAUCAAUUUCGAGGAAAUGGAGCUUCAAGACCAAAAAAAAUAUCUUUCCAGAAUGCUAAUUAUCUUAGCCGACAAAAUUACAAUGAUGGUGACAAAUGUGAACGAUCGCCCAACAGCAGUAAAUGUAAUAAUAUCAGCGAAAAAAAUGAAGAUCGUAAAAUUUAUGUUCGGGGCGUCAGUUCGCAGUGGAGCAGGAAAGAAGUCGUACGAGAACAACGAAUUAAUAGCAAUGUCAAGGGUGAAAACUAUGCCGAUACUACAAUGGUGCCAUUCGAAUGUUGCCCAAACCAAGAGAGAAUCCGAUCGUUGCAACUAUCCUUGGGGCAACUGCGCAGAAUCGGUGUCUUGGCGGGCAAUGCAUGGACGAAAGAAAAACCGAAAACACCGUGUCGUCUUGUGGUCCCGAACGUUCAAUCUGUCAAAACAACGAUUCCAGAAACCAUGUCACAUGUGCAGAAUGGUGAAAAGCAGUAUGAAUCUCGAGAAGAUUGCAAUAAUCCGAAAAAUCCAUUCAUGAUAGUCGAAAUGAUCGCAAAUCAAUUAGAUCGUAAACGCGUCGCAAAAUCUCUUAACUGUAAUUUCGAAGGUGGAGAUCCUUCUACUUUUAUAUUUUAUAUGACGCCUGUUAAAGAGUAUGGUUUUGAUCAUAUCAUUCUCAUCGGAGAACAAUACGCUGGAAUUCUUUUUCUGGACUGCUACGGUCGUGUGUUCGAAUGGGGCUCAAUGUGUAAUGUUUUACGGGUGAUUGGGGAUUUUUGGAGUGAGGUGAAAAAAGAAUCUCGGACUACGCGUAUAUUUUGGGGUUUAGAAUUCGAUGGAACUAUUGAUGAAUAUGAGGACGUUAAGAAUG